AUGCCUCCGCGCCAUUUCACCCGGUACGUCGUCACCGCGGCAGUCUUCAUUUGCGGCCUCAUAAUCCUCUCUUCGACGUCGAGUCCUUCCACCGCUGCCGUAAUCGAUUCAAUUCCAUACCCAGAGGCCCUCCGAGACGUGAUACCCAAACUCACAGUCCCCAAUCUCCGCUGGUCGUUCCAGAGCUCUGCGCACAAACCUCCUGAACAAAAGAACAGCACGCAUGGGGACAGUUCAUGGUACAGCGAUUGGAAAUGGCUCAAUCCCUUUUCCUCCUCUGUCACGCUCGAUGAGGAUCGAGUCGUCUUGCCUCCUCUAACGGAGCGACCGCCAAUUUACACGUUCUAUGAUACUUCGAUCAAAAGAGACGACGAGACAAAGAGCAUUGACAAGGAGUUUCUGUUGACAUGGAGGCGAGCUUGGUGGGCUCAUGGGUUUCGACCGGUGGUUCUGACGGAUGCAGAGGCCAUGAGCCACCCGCUCUACCCGACCUUGCACGCGAAGGGCAUGCCCGCAGUCCUGGAGCAAGAGUUUCGGCAGUGGUUGGCUUGGGCGCAUAUGGGCACCGGCUUGCUUGCCAGCUGGUACUGCUUGCCCAUGGGCCCUGCCGAUGACGAUCUUUUGUCUCACCUGCGACGGGGGCAGUAUCCUCAACUUACCAAAUUCAAGGGCUUGGGGACUGGGCUAUUUGCCGGGGAAAAGACGCAAAUCGAGGAUGCCAUCAAGUCUGCCCUCGACAGCGUCAAAUUGAGCUCUUUCUUGACCAUCACGGACGCUAUCGACUCGGGACGCUUUACGGUCGAACAACCAACAUCACUCGCCCAUUAUGAUCCCAAGACGAUAGCUGCCAAAUACCCUAUCCUGGCAGAAUUGAUUACCAAAGAUGUGAACAAGGGUCGACGUUCGCUCAACAAACUCAUGAUCGCUCAUCUUCAUGUCAUAUGGCAAAACACUUUUAGUGCUGGAAUUGCGGUGCUGCAGCCACUUGCAGCUCACACGUUUACGCUUGUUCAGCCAUCCAAGGACCUGGCCCGUCUGCUUGCGGAGUGUCCCAGUUCUAUCCUGCAGUCCUCUUGUCCGCCAAACCAACCGAAAUGCUCCCCGUGUACUGGCUCGAAAUUGAGAAUCACGACCGCUCCUUCUUUCAGGAAUACGUCUUCCUUGUUUACGAUUGCCGUUGUGCCCCACCCUUACACGAUGAUCACCCUGACCAACCAGUCCGAUGCCGUAUCCGUUGCUCAUAUACGGCGACACACGGAACGAGAUGCUUGGAUAACUGCCGUGACCCGGGACCUAUUGGGAGACGGUCGUGGAGGUCCGAGCCGCGUCGUGGCCUUCAAGGAUGUGGUGGCAUCAGAAUAUGGCAGUCGUCGUUCUUUGUGGUUUACCACAGAACAUUUCCCUGCGUCUUUCAAUCCACCGCCCCCUCCACCAAAGUCGCCCACUAAUGACGCUCGACCAGCAAGGGAGGAAGUUGCUCCAUUCCCAGAAGACUGGCUCACGCAUCUCGACUGGCACUUUGGCUUUCCCAUCCCACGAACGACCGUGUCUCAUGGUGAGUCUUUGCCUCCGGUCCCGGGACCUGAGCGUUGGGCCAAAACUCCUGCUGGACUUCCCGCCGAUCGUAAGAAGUCCUCUGACCCUGAUCCGCCGACAGAAGAGCAGGCGGCAAUCGAGGUUGACCUCCUACGGAAGGCAAGGAGUACCAUUAAUAGUAAGGAUGAGGCGGUGCUCAAGAUCCGCAGCGUGGCAGAGGCGUGGAACCUGGCCGACACAGAAGCUUGGAAGUUUGUAAAGAGUUUCCGGGCCCGUCAGGUCGUGGAAAGAUUGAAAUUUGAAGAGGAAGAGUCGGCAUACGAGACUGAGGGUGUGAGAGGCAAUAGUCGAUGGUGGGGAUCGUGA